CGUGACGUGGCGUUGCGCAAGCGCGGAAGAAUCCACACGGUUUCCUGACAGUCAGACGAGCAUCACAUCAAAUAAUCUUUGAGCUAGGAAUAUUCUGGUAGUUUUAGUUGAUUUUAGUUAAUCUUCGUCAUGGGUUUGACAAUCUCGUCGAUCUUCAGCAGACUGUUCGGAAAGAAACAGAUGAGAAUUCUGAUGGUGGGGCUGGAUGCCGCAGGAAAAACCACAAUAUUGUACAAAUUGAAACUUGGAGAAAUUGUGACCACCAUACCCACCAUAGGUUUUAAUGUGGAGACUGUUGAAUACAAGAACAUCUGCUUCACUGUGUGGGACGUCGGUGGCCAGGACAAAAUUCGACCUCUCUGGAGACAUUAUUUUCAGAACACACAGGGUCUGAUCUUUGUGGUGGACAGCAAUGACAGAGAGAGAGUAGCAGAAUCUGCAGAGGAACUUGCUAAAAUGCUACAAGAAGAUGAACUGAGGGAUGCAGUAUUGCUGGUUUUUGCUAACAAACAGGAUCUGCCUAACGCUAUGGCUGUCAGUGAACUCACAGACAAACUUGGGCUACAGAGUCUGCGCAGCAGAACGUGGUAUGUUCAAGCAACCUGCGCUACACAGGGGACUGGACUAUACGAAGGACUGGACUGGUUAUCCAAUGAGCUCUCCAAACGUUAGUGUGUCUGACAGAGAAGAAAUGUCGUGUAUCAACCAUUGGGAAGUCUAGAGACUCUUUUUAAGUGUAUGACAGCUGAAAACUGGAAAAGGACCAUCAAAUACUCCGUGCUGUCUUAGCUUUUCUUUUUUACAGUGUAUUCUGUUGCCCAAGCUUAUCUUUAUUUUCUCAUGUACAAAAGCGCAUUUUUGCAUGGCCAAGAGGAAGAAAUGUUUCGAAGGACCUUUGUUUAGCACGGUUCUUUAGUUUGGCAGAAUGGCCCCUGUAAGUCUAUUAACACUGGAGUCUCUAAUCAGCAGGCAGGUUUAUUGGACGUGAUAUAGUAGCUUCACAAUCUGUUUAUCAUGGUUAAGGGUCUGAAAUUGUUUUAAAGCUACCUGGAGAAUCUUGGAGGUCAAUAAUGUUUCGUCAGUGUCAGUGAAUCAAAGCCGUGCCUGUUCCACCAAUCUAUAUAUAUAUAUGCAAUAUUUAAAGUUUAUUGAAUCAUCCAGUGACUUGAGCUUCUUGUGGUCCUUCUAAACAUUGUCCCUGACUGUGCAUGCAUCUCCUAGAAUUGACUUACUGGAUCUUGUUGGAAAUUCCCGAUAUCAGUAACACAUGACAUGAACGGCAUGGCAUUGUUAAUUUGAUAAAAAUAGUCUUUGAGUUUUAUUUAGUUCAUUGUAUGUUUUAUUGCAGAGGGAACAUUAUGUUGGAGUCUCUUUCGAAGUUUGUUUCGAAAUUGACAUUUUAUGUCUGUCGUGUCAUGAAAAUGCUGAUAUUGGGUUCAAUGUUGGCUUAUUAGUGACUGAAUCUGACUCCUGAAUGCGGAUUAAUGUAUUGAUAAAUUCCAUGUCUGGUUAAAAUGGUUUGUUUUCCUAAAUGACGUGUAUUAGAUGCAAUCUAUUUUACUCUAUUAUUAUGGCAAAUUUGUUUGUGUAUUAUAUGUAUAAUAUUGUUUUAGAAUAAAACAUAAUUGUGAACUGAA